CGGGACGGGGCGGGACGGCGGAGACAUGGCGCUGUGAUGACCUGUGGGAAUAUUUCCUUGUAGGCUGAGCUCUGCAGGAUUAGGACUAAAGUCUGCAUGGCCCCAUCUUUUGGGAGAUGUCUACAAAAUGCGCUCUGGACAAGGUCAUGGAAAAAGGAAGAAGCUCACCCACCCUGGCUUUUUGGCACAGGGGAGUGUUUGCAGCCACGAAACCAACGAGUUAAUGGUGGUGCUGAUUGCCUUGGGAGACAGCGAGAGCCAUCUGUGUGCCUGUGCCAUUCGGCCUCUGCUGCUGUGGUCCGACAGGAGGAGAAGACAGAGGAGUUCAAACUGGUCUACAGGUUCCCAGGGAUUAAGCACUGCCGGGUGCUGUCCAGGCUGAAGCUGUUACAGACUGCCACUACCAUGGUCACGUUGCCUCCCAUCUGCUACCUUUACCUACAAGACCAGGUUUCUCAGAACAUCCUCUUCUAUACAACUGGCAUUGCACUCUUUGCUGGUGCAAUGUUGUAUAGUAUGAGCUACUUUUUCAGGCGGAUUAUUGGAUUAAUCUACUUAAAUGAAAGUGGCCGUACUGUCAGAGUGGCCCACCUGAGCUUCUGGGGAAGACGGAAUGACAUUUACUGUCCCAUCGAGACAGUGAUGCCUUUGGAUGAAGUUGGAGAUAGCAAAGGGGAGCUGCUUCUCCAGUUCAAGCGGUAUGAUAGCACAGAUGUUUUGUAUUUUACUAUUAAGUUUGGCCACAUUGUAGACAGACAGAAGUUUGCCCAAAUAUUUGGAGAAGUUGAGCAACACAGCAGGUGAUUUGCAGCGAUCUUCCAUGUUGCAUGUUCACUGUGCUAAUUCUUCCAUGAAGUCUGAUGAGUUUAUCAAACCAACACACUUCUGUUGUUUUCCUAUGCCAAGCCUGCUGGUAAGUGCCCUCAGAAAGUGGAACAGUCCAUGGGAGUGACUGUCCUUGCAGCCUAAGGGGCGAGCAGCGUCUCCUGUGUUGGAUACAGCGAUGCGUGUGGAGUGUGGUCACCAGCAGCUCCGAGCCUCACCCAUCCCGCUCUGAACAGGCAGCAGGAGGCCAAAUUACUGCUGCUGACCCCAACUGUUUCAGCAGAACUCUUGAAGUUACAGUAACUGCCAGAGCAUCCUCCCUUUAAACUCACUGUUCCUUUUAGCGAAUGUUAGGUUGACUGGGAAGCCUCUGAAAUGAUUGCUGUUAUGUAUGAGUGAGAUAGGGUUUAAUGCUGGAUGUCAGACAGAUCAUGCUGUGAAAUGGAGAUAACUGGGAGAACACCAUACAGUGCUGAGGAAGGGGCGUGGGAGUGUGCAUGUGAACAGAACAUGCAAGACGUUGCAGGACACAUUGCCAGUUGAGCUGUCAGGCUUGGUUAAAGACUGGGGUGGCACUUCAGGAGCCUCUCACAGAAACGGCUUUCCCAUUGGAGUUGGGGAAGACCACUCCUAAACGAGCAUGCUGUGGGUUACAGGGGCAGUCUGUGCUACUGCCUUCAGUCUGGGGCCCACUGGCCAUCUGAAAAUUUGGAACUACUUGUCCUCUUUGCAUAUAUUCAUGUUUGUGUUGUGUGUGUGACAUUUAAUCAGUGCUGUAAUACUCGAGAUGUGGAAGCUUCAGUAAAUGUUACUGAAGUUAUCUUAGACUCUGUGAAUGAAGCAGUCUCCUGUGAAGACCA